AUGUUUAAACCAAGAAAUAAUAGAAAAAAUAAAAAAAUUAAUAAACAAUGCGAUGUUCCAAUCAACUUUUCUGCAAACACUGAAACUGAUGAAAUGGAAAUCGAAUAUAAAGCUGAUCCAAAUGAAAUAUUUUUACUUGCACCAAACUCAAAAAUGUUGAAAGUUAACAGAGCUUUGCAAGUAUCGGGUCAUUACAAAUUGAAACUCGUAGCCUUAGAUCUCCUUGAUGACCAUGUCUCAAAUAAAUAUUUAUUAUCAGAUUUAAGCCACAACCAAUAUGCUUCAGCUAUUAACUACCAAUUAAAUCUUACUCUCAAGUGCCAUGGUAGUGUAAAAUAUUUUAAUAGUGUUAAGGAUAAAGCCAGCUCUUUAUUAACUAAAAUGAUUAUCAAAGAAUGGGGAAACCCAGUUGCCUUUCCAGAAAAAUACUGUUGGGAAGAAGUUAAAAAUUCCAUUAUUAUCUUGGGUAAAUUCUCUCAAAUCAAAAAUGAAUCAAUUCCCGAAUUUUGUUCAAAUGAUUUCAGAGAUUUCUUUGAUAAAAUAUUUUUACUAUUAUUCAAUUUCCUUGAUUUUAUAGUUUCAAAUAAAGAUAGAAUAAUCAAGGAAUCAAUCUAUUUCGAUUAUGUUGAAGAAACUGAAAAAAGCAUUUCUUUACUCUUCGAUUUAGUAAGAAAAUUCAAAAGUAUUAAACUAAAAUACAAAAUAGUAUUGAUUUUUAAAACCUCAUCCAGUAUAAAACCAAAAGAAAAAGUCGAGUACACUUAA